GAUGGCGGCGCACACGUCAGGUACGGCACAUGUUUCCUCAGAGAGGACCGCGCAAUGACGGAUAUCACCUCUUCUUCCCUGGUGAGAGUUUGAGGACACUUUUUUCUCACCAUGAGUGACACCCCAGAGGUCAAGAGUCAUGGGAUGAAGUUUGCUGAGGAGCAGCUGCUAAAGCAUGGAUGGACUCAAGGCAAAGGCCUGGGCCGGAAGGAGAAUGGCAUCACCCAGGCCCUCAGGGUGACGCUGAAGCAGGACACUCAUGGGGUGGGACACGAUCCUGCCAAGGAGUUCACAAACCACUGGUGGAAUGAGCUCUUCAACAAGACUGCAGCCAACUUGGUAGUGGAAACUGGACAGGAUGGAGUACAGAUAAGGCGCCUUUCUACGGAGACCACCCGUCAUAAUCCUCCCAAGCCCAACUUGCUGUAUCAGAAGUUUGUGAAGACGGCCACCCUGACUUCAGAUGGAGAGAAGCCAGACAAAGACAUGGAGAGCUGCACUGAUGUCAACAACCAGAGGCCCAAGCCCCCAAAGAUUCUGACGGAUGAGAUGCUGCUCCAAGUCUGUGAGGGGCGAACAGCACACAAGGCUGCCCGUCUUGGGAUUACAAUGAAGGCCAAGCUGGCUCGGCUGGAGGCCCAGGAGCAGGCCUUCCUGGCUCAUCUCAAAGGCCAGGACUCUCAGGCUUCUCAACCACAGUCAGAAAGCAAGCCCUGCAAAAAGAAGAAAAAGAAAAGGAAACACAAAGAGGAGGAAGAGACUACAGCAUCUGAAAGGAAUGCAGAUGAGAAGCACCCAGAACACACUGAACAGAACAUCAGGAAAAGCAAGAAGAAGAAAAGGCAACCUAAAGAAGGAAAGGUCUCAGAUGAGAGAGAGGGAACAACUGUAGAGAAUGAGGAGGAAGAGGCUACAGGAACAAGUGGGCUUAGGAAAUUGAAGAGCAGAGAGCAAACCAAUCAGUCCCCCAGGAAAAGGAAGAGAAAGAAGAGGCAACACCAUGAAGAGGAGGAGAAGAUGGGGGUCUUGGAUGGAGGAGGAAGAGGUAAGGAGGCUACAGGUGCUAUCAGGACAGAGGAGGUAGACAGCACAGAGUACACUGACCCGUGCAGCACAAGCAAGAAGAAGCAGCACCGUGAGAAGGAUUUGAACUUAGAGGAUGAAGAAGUCGAGGAAACUGUUUUAGACAGUGGGACCAGGGACACAGAGAACAGAGCAUGCAGUGAUGGAGGAAGGAGAAGCGAGAAGAAAACACAGCAACAUCGAGAGGAAGAGGAGGAAGUUGUCAAUGUAAGGGAUGAGAGAGAUGAGGAGGAUGGCAGGACUAGGGAAGUAAAGAGCAGAGCACACCCUGGCUCAAGCAGCAGAGGUAAGAAGAGGAGGAAGCGGCAUCAGAGGAAGAAAGCUGGAGUCGGCACUGACCAGAGAACCAAAGAGAAGAAACAGAGGAAGAGAGACUGAAAGUCUGGUCAAGGUGGGGCUCACUUGAUUUGCCUUCAGGAGUCGAAGCCUCAGAGACUUGGGUUGAUGCACGGUCUUCUGUGCUCCCCUAAAUAUGGAGUCUCUCCUAAGGAGGAACCUGAGCUCUGGAACAUCAGUCUGCUGAGAGGAGAGAGUGUUGGCACCAUGCCUUAGUUGAUGCAGAAGGCAUAGUCCCUUCUGCAGCUUCUAACCCAGAGAUCAUGAACUCAGGUGCCUAUAAGAGCCAGAUGGCUAAGGGACAACGAAUGCUGGGGGCUGGGGGAACAGGAACACAGAUACCCUUUGAAGGGACAUCUCUGUUAAAAGAAGCUGAAAAUGUACAUUUAUGUGAAAUCUGAUUUUUAAAUAUUGUGAAGGCUAAGAAAAACAACAAAUUUAAGCCUAUUGGCUGGAGUCAGUCCACAGGUUGCCAGUUUCUAGCAUGACCAAAUGAAUGAAUAAACAUCAAGUUGGGCA